GUCGUUUUUUGUUGAGAAGUGAACUUUUUUUAUUAACAGCUAUUCGUCAUUCUACAAGAAAUUUACUUUUAUCGAAAAAAGGUAAUUCCGUAACAAGGGGAAUGCGACGGCGGCGCGUCUGGGUUAAUGCUAAGAACUCCAAGACAAUGGCCAAACAAUAGCGUCACGUUUAAUUAAGUAACCACGCGUCAGGAUGUAUUAUAUAAAUUGAACGUAAUAGACCCUUUCAUAAACAUUGUGCAAAACACGAAGUAGGUAACUCCCACAGAUUUUGUUAUUGUCUCGCGACAUCUCCACCUUGUGCGUCUUUUGAUAUUUAUACGCUGCCAAUAUGGAGGCUGAAGAAUUUGGAAAUUUCAGCAAUUUAACAUUUGACGCGACCUCAUCGGCGCACUACUUCGUACAAGACAUGCUAUUUACAAUGCUUUGCUUCGUGGCAAUCCUGGCCAACGUAGGUAUCAUCUACACGACCUUCCACUUCAGAAGAAUGCGCACUGUACCCAACAUAAUUCUGGCGAAUUGGGCCAUCGCCGAUCUCUCCUGUCUUCUAACAACACCGAGCAACUACCGCCUGAUUGCGAUCUUAGACAAUAUUUCGCUUCCCGGAGUCUUCGUGUGCAGCCUGUACGAAGUAGGCAAUAGCGCGGCGAUGGCAACGCUUUUCUUCGCGAUAUUCUUGUCAACGGAUUGGUGCAUUGCGGCCUUCUUUGAGAGUGCGUCGAAAAAGUUUCGGAAGUACACCGUACACUACCUCCUCGUCUUCUGGGUGUGCGUGCUCGGCGUUUUGUGCGUGGGUGUCGUGUACUGCAUCCACAAUUACCUAUCAUAUCUGAUCCAAGCCAUCAUGAUCCUCAUUGCGUACUGCACGCUACUGCUGUUUGUUAUCACUCUCCAAAUUUGUAACUGCGUUAAAAGGUGCAGAAGGCGACGCGUUUCCUAUCCAAAGCUCAUGUUAAACAUCUCGACUGCCUUCACCAUAAGCUGGUUCAUUGGAUUUGUCAAUCUCUUCAUAAUGGCCGGCGCCAACAGGUUUUAUAGAGUUGUCGAGAUGAUAUCUUCGAUUUUUCUAUACUGCACGUCAAUAAUGAUCUUUAUUAUUUUGUAUCGACAGAGUAACGACUUCCACGCGUGCGUUAACAAUAUUCUCAGGAGGGAUAGAAGCGGCUAUGAGGAGGCAAAUUUUGAUUUUCACACGCCGGUGAGAAAGCCGAUAGUCAAAAAUGGCGCGAAUUGUCUAUUCAGCAAUAGAGAUCAAAAUGUGUUUAUAUGUUAGGAUCACUUGUGUGGCUCUAAGCAGGAAUUGGACAUGGUCUUCCCAAUGGAUCGGUACGAGAAAUGAGUGUAAAUUAGUACCUAAAGCUUUCAUAUUUUAUAGUGCAUUACUAUGACUAUGGCGAGAAAAAAGUUGAUGUAUUAAGAUAGGUAGCUCAUUUGUCAUGGGCCACCAGCAAAGCUAAUGUAAUGACCUACUAUAAAGCAUUCUAUGUCUAUAUAUACCCUUAAAAGCUCUGCACACAAGCAGCAGUUUAUAAAGAUUUGUAGUUGUAUCAAGAUUUAACGUUUAUUUAUUUUGUUCGGCAAUCGUUGUUUGCAAUCUGAUUAGAAUUGUUAUAACUAA